AUGUAUACAUCCAAUUAUUCAUUUCCGGUGUGUAGCUCUAGCUCAUCACAGAGGCCUUCUGUCCCUGUAAAAUAUGAUUUCAUCAGCUUUAUUGGAACCUCUCUUCCAUUUCCAUCCAAGCCACUGCCGAGAAAGCUGGAGAAAAUCUUAACCGGGGUACAUGAAACAAUCAAGAAGAAUACGGUGGAACUGAUAGAUGCAUUUGUUGACUUGGCGUUUGAUUUUGUUGAUCAGCCAUUGCUCCCGUCUCAGGCAAAUUUUGCUCCGGUAGAAGAGUUGGAAGGGGCUAUUCAUGUUGCGGAUAUAGAAGGGAUUAUUCCAGACGAUUUUCCCGACGGAGUUUACAUCAGGAACGGACCGAACCCACUUUUUGGAGGAUACAAAUCAGCAAUUUCUAUGUUUGGAAAAUCAAGCCAUACAUGGAUAGAAGGAGAAGGAAUGCUUCAUGCAUUAUAUUUUAGUAAACUGAGCAGCGGCACCAGGACCAUUUCAUACAAAAACAGAUAUGUCCAAUCAGAUACAUUCAAAUAUGAAACAGCAAGAAGAAAGCCUGCUUUCCUUCCAGCAAUCGAAGGAGAUUCACCAGCUGUUUUUUCUGCUCUUAUGCUGAAUUUGUUGAGAUUUGGCACUGUUGACAAAUUCCUUAGCAAUACCAACGUUUUUGAGCAUUCUGGGAGAUUCUAUGCGAUUGCUGAGAAUCAUGCACCUCAAGAAAUUGACAUCAAGACACUUGAAACUAUAGGAAAAUGGGAUCUUCAUGGAGCUUGGGAUGGACCCUUUACUAGCCACCCCAAGAAAGUUUUAUUAACAGGAGAACUUGUAGUGUUUGGGGUUAGUGCACAAAGACCAUAUAUGAAGCUGGGAGUCCUAUCAGCUGACGGGAGGAAAAUGAAACAUCAAGUGGACCUUGAACUAAAAAGGUGCACUCUUUGCCAUGACAUAGGGGUUACAGAAAGCUAUAAUGUGAUCAUGGAUUUUCCACUAACUAUAGACAUAAAUCGACUGAUGACUGGUGGCUCACUAAUAAGGUAUGAGACAGAAGGAUAUGCAAGAAUUGGAGUAAUGCCUCGUUAUGGAGAUGCUAAGUCCAUCAGGUGGUUUGAGGUGGAACCAUGCGCUGCACUUCACAUGAUUAAUUGUUUCGAGGAUGGUGAUGAGAUUGUAGUGAUGGCGUGCAGAGCUCGUGGAUCAAUUAUACCAGGACCUGAAUUUGGUUCUAACAAAUUUGAGUGGUUUUCCAGAGGUUUUAAGCAUAUAAGGUCAGUAGAUGCAUCUCAGAAAGAUUUACAGGAUGGAGCAUUUUUUAGUCGUGUUUAUGAGUGGAGAUUGAACAUUGAAUCUGGAGAGGUGAAAGGAAGAUAUCUUACUGGGACAGAGUUUUCUAUGGAAUUCCCUGUUAUAAACGAGAAAUUUACUGGUGUUAAAAAUAAAUAUGGAUACACACAGGUUGUUGAUUCUGCGGCAAGCUCAAACUCAGGGAUGGCAAAAUAUGGUGGACUUGCAAAGCUUUAUUUUGAAGAGAAAGCAUUUGACCUUUCACUGUUCAUGAAGGUUGAGCGUCACAAGUUUCAAGAAAACACAUUUUGUUCAGGAGCCACCUUUGUCCCUAACUCUGUUGGUGUUGAAGAGGAUGAUGGUUGGAUCAUCGCAUUUGUACACAACGAACGGACUAAUAUAUCUCAGGUCUAUGUCAUUGAUGCCAAGAAGUUUGCAAGUGAACCAAUUGCCAAGAUCAUGCUUCCAAGUAGAGUGCCGUAUGGUUUUCAUGGAGCUUUUCUGGCAUUAUGUUCACAAGGUGAGGAGCCGUAUAAGCACUUGCAAGAGUUUGAUGUCGUUUGCAACAGCAUAAAACCCCCGAGAAUUACAGAAGAGCAGAUAAAAAUGAGGGCAUUCCCCUUCUUCUUGAAGGAUUCUGCAAAAGACUGGAUGUACUACCUACCACUAGGUAGCAUCACCACAUGGGACCAGCUGAAGAAAAAGUUUUUGGACAAAUAUUUUCCUGCGUCUCGAGCUGCAAGUCUAAGGAAGGAGAUAUGUGGUAUCAAGCAGCAUUCAGGAGAGUUGCUUUAUGAUUACUGGGAGCGAUUCAAGAAGUUGUGCAUCAAGUGCUCUAAGCACCAAAUAAGUGAGCAAUUGCUCAUACAAUAUUUUUACGAAGGGCUACUCUUCAGCGACAGGAGUAUAAUUGAUGUUGCAAGUGGAGAGAUAUUGGUGAACAAGACUCCUCGAGAAGCGUGGGAGCUAAUUGAAGGAAUGGCCGAGAAUUCGCAGCAGUUUGGUACGAGGGAGGAUGUCCUGACACGCAAAGUGAAUGAGGUAGAGACAUCUUCUACCCAGCAGUAG